UUACGAAAACACAAGCGCAUAAAUGUCUCCCCGCGAUAUUUUCGUGAGAAAUGACUUCUACAAAUGAAGGAAAAGACGUGAAAAGUAAUUUAACAAGUGGCCCAAAAGGCAAAUCAUAUUAUAUUGAACUUUACAAGUCCCUAGAUGCAUCGCUGAACGCAGCGGGCUCGCUCAGCGAGCGGACAGCGCCGCUGUGCUCGGCGUGGCGCCGCGUGCACACCCUCUGCCUGCAUUCCGCGCCGUCCACGCACCCACACCUGCUUGCUUGGAUACAACGGCACACUGCACGGACUAUCCUGCAGACGGAAUGGCAGUCACCAAAUAGCAAAGAUGAGCAUGCGAAGCUCACCGAAGCGAUCGACGCGUUCAUCUCGGAGGGCCAGGCGGCCAUCGCCAGCAGAGAUGGCGCCAGUCCACCGUGGGAGGGCCAGCUGCUGCAGCGGGCGGAGUGGUUCAAGUCCACGCUGUCAAAUCCGUGGGGACACCCUGUGCUCAGGGUGUUGCUCGACCCGAGGGGUCAGCGCCCUACUACUGAAGAGAUACUAGAAUGGUUGAAGGAAGAGCGUGGCGUGGUGUUCUGCGCGCGGCUACGUCAGCUGGCGUUGUCCAAGUGCGACGACCUGGCGCUGACGCUGCUCACGGCCGUCAUGGACCGCGUGCGCGCCGCGCGACCACACGUGCCCGACCACAACAUACAAGAGAAUGAAGAAGCGCCAGCGGAGCCGUCAGAACCGACAUUCGAGAACAUUCUCAACGCCGAGGGCGGGUUCUUGGAUGUGUGGGACACGCUGACCGACAUGGAGCUUGUCCUUCUGCACAAGAGCGACCGCAACACGCGCCUCAUUGACUUGACUAAACUAAUGCCACUCGCAAGCGGCUAUCAGCUCGUGGAGAGGCUGAUGAGCCGCCUCGAGUCGGCCCCAAGAGAGAAAAGACUAUGGAAAAACGCCAAAGACGUCGCAAUGCUUGCUACACAGGUGAUGAUCACCCGCUGCAUGGUGGUGCCGUCGUGCAGCGGCACGGCCCGCACGGUGCUGUACUGGUGCGCGCGCGCGCUGGUGCGCGGCGUGCCGCAGCCGCGCCUGCCCAAGGACACCGUGGCGCUGGCCGCGCCCGCCUCCACCGCCCGGCACCUGCACACCUUCGCCACCGCCGUGCACGCCCAGCAGAGCUCCAUAUCGAACGAGCUGAAGCCGUUCGUGGUGGAACUGUACGUUCGUGCAAUCACGUUUGGCAUGAAUGAACUGGAGAAACUCAAACUUAUGCCGGAAUAUGGGGAGAAAGAAGCCCGCUCGACGGAACAGACGCUGGCGUCGUGGUUCAUACAGUUGGGGCAGCUGCUGUCGUCCAGCGCUCGUAUGAAGUGCGAGUGCACGCUCACAGCCUUCUCCGUGCACCCCUCGCCCCCGAUGUAUGACCGCAUCAAGCAUGCGCCACCUCUGCCACCGGUCGCUCUGGACACUCAAGACGUAAAGAAAGAUGAAUCGGAACCCACAUCACAAUUCGGGAGCUGGGCGAACGACAGCCGUUCCCAGACCAACUUCGUGAAGACUUCAGAGACGCUGAACAUGAAACAGACGCAGCACAAGACUAAUGUGUUGUCGACGGCCAUAUUGAACGAGGGGGAGGCGUUAGGGCUCGCAGCGGAGCUGUGCCAGGACAUCAUCGUGCUGCUGUCCGGGCCACGGGUCAAGACGCUCUCCUGGGACAUGGACAGGGAGCUGUUGCUCGAGAACUGCCGCUCAUACAUGAAGCGCACCCACGGAGGCACGCGCGCGCUCACCACCGAGCUCAAGUACCUCAACCUCGACCUCAGCCACUUCCAGCACCUGCCCGAGGAGGAAGACGGCGAGGACGAUAUCUACUACGGGAUUGAAAAAGGUUAUGAGCAUCUAGUCGAACUACAAGAGCCACAACCCGAAGAGAUUUGGGAGGACGCGUUGUUCGACGAGGAACGUACUGAGAGCGCUGCCUCUAGCUCUGUAGAAGACGAUAUGCCCAUUCGAAAGAAGAAAAACAAACACGCCAUCAUUGCCGACCCCGAAUCCGAUCCUCUCAGUUUAGUCGCUGAAAUCAAACGUGCCGAGAAAAAAGAACGGCCUCACAGCAAAGAGAGAAGUAAGGAACCCAAGAAGAAACAAAAAGAAAAACAUAGCAACAAAGAGCAUGAUAGGCGGAAAAACGAGCCAAAGGAAAAGAAAAAAGAGAAGAAAGAACGUAAGAAGAAAGAGAAAAAACAGGACAGGCAAACUGAAGGGCCUAUGUCGAGCCUAAUUGGGCUUAGAGUGGUUAAACCAGAAACAGUGACUCAAAUCCAAACCACACAUAAUAUUUGCGUAACAGACAGCGCUUAUGAGAGUCAAGGGAAAUCUCUGCAUUCUGACAGUAAUGAUCCUAACGUUUUAUACGACGGACAGUUCUCCAUGGACGAACUGAAGUCUCCAGAAAUGCGAUCCCCAGAAAUGCGAUCCCCAGAAUAUAUUAACAAGAAUCUGUACAAAAACAAGGUACUAAACGUCGCUGAUGGUCAUGUGUCUAUGAACAAGCCACAACAACAUAUUCAGAAUGCUUCGAUGGCAAAUAGUUACGUACAACCAAGACCACUGGUAUACGCAAUAAAUCCUAAUGCCAAUGUAAGCGCCUCACAGGAUUGGAAUAAAAACAUACAAAAUGUGAGAGAAGAGGUGAAAAGGAGCAUUUCGAAGCUUAUACAGUUUAGACGACAGAAGGUUACAGAAGCAGCAAACGCGGCUCGCUCUCCAAAUUCGAAUCAUGUGUUAAAUCAAGGACAGAGUGUCCCGAAUCCCAAACAGAGUGUAGCAAAUCAAAAUCAGAGUGUAGUGAAACAGAAUCAAAGUGUAGUGAAUCAAAAUCCGAGUGUAUUAAACCAAAGCCAGAUUGGAGUGAGUCAAAGUAAGAAUCUUGUUAAUGAAAGCCAGAAUGUGUUACAUCAAUAUAAGAAUGUAGAUGUGCAUCCUACGAUGCAAGCAUCGCAACAACCACAGGUGAACAUGGCCGGUUUCAUCGGGUCUAAAGUCGUGAAUCACCCACCGGUUGGACUCCACAUACACAAAUCUGGACAAGCACCAGAUACCAAGAAUGUGUUAUCGAGUCUCUCCGCUAGGCCACCUGUUUUAAACCAAAACAAUUCAAGCAAUGGCCUGAUUUCAUCCAAAGAUACAUGCUCUAAAGUGCAGCCGGUUAACCCUGCGCAUUCCAGAAAGACUUAUCCUAAAUUGACACCACAACAAAAACUUCUAAAUGCAAUGAAUGAUACUGCUGAUCAGUCAGAUCAAAAUAAUGCGCAGAUGGCCCAAAAAUCGCCAAACGCUUCUAGCAUUUCGCAUUUAAAUAGUUACCAGGAGUUUCUCAAAGAGUUGCAAAUGUCAACUAACGCAGGUCUUUAUGACCAGUCUAGUGAGACUGCCAAACAUGUGAAGAGAAAAGAGGUCAAACCAGUCAGUAGGGUGGUACCCGUUGUACCGAAUGUGGUGAAAAGCGAAUCCAAACCCUCUCCCCAAUGUGCCAAACCUGUUGUACAACAGAAGAAAGUGGAAAACGCGCCAAAUACCUUCUCGCGUCUUAGUUAUAUGCAUAAGAACAAACAUAAUGAGAAGUCUAAGCACUGCGAACAUAAGACAAUAGAGGUGAAUCCGUUGCAUAAUAGUAUAUCUGCGGAUUUGGAACGCCGUAUAGCAGAUCUUAGACGCACGAAAGCGACAUAUCUUCAAACCAAGAACCACUAUGUUGCAACACGAAUUGUCAACCAUACUACAGUCCCGUCCGCGAGACCUAAAGAGUCAUGGCAGGUAGAUAAUCCCACAGCUAACGAACCAAACUCAACAGCCGUGAAUUUGAAAACACAACAUCCUGUUCUUUCUAAGAUACUAAAAGGUAAUACGGGAGUAACCGUUACCAAGAUGUGCAGUCCCAACAGUGAACCGAGUAUGCAAGGUGAAAAAUCACCGACGCCGAAACCUAAAUACGCCACAUUGUCAGAAAAGGAUCAGGAUGAUAUAUUAAAUUUGCUAUCGCAGAAGAACGUCUUGAACAGGCCGCAACAGCUGAAAGUGCCCAAUACCUCUGUAACAAAAAACACUAGUCAAACGUUUACAAAUCCAACUGUUAAUAAAAAAAUUAACAAACCAUCUACAGCUCCAUCGACACAGAAUAAAUGCUCUGUUGGACAGGCAACAUCUUUAAAUGCACAGGAGAAGAUAUUAGAUACCAAAACCGAUACUCAUAUGCAAAUUGAUGGAAGUACAUUCUUCCCUGUGAUUUCAAACUCUACCAUACAAAAGACAACUGAAUUAAUACAAACAAAGAAAGCUCAUGGAAAGUCGCACGACAAAGGCAAGGAAAAGACAUCAAGUUGUAUUGUGAAGAAAAUUACCACUGAAACCGAUACGGCCCAAAAGACUGUGAUAGAAGAGAAUAAACCGACUAAAAUGUAUGUCCCAAAACCGCCUGUUGUGAUACCUAAACAAACAGAAGAAAUGAAAGAGCAAGAUUGGACAAUAGUUUUGGACGCUCUGCGGGCUCAAAAGACUCCGACGCGAGGUCCAAAUGCUCUUGACAUGGUUCUGAAUAGAGGUUCAUUUGGCCAACCAUGCCAGAAAGCUCAAGAUGUAAAGUCAAACUGUGUUUCUGAUGAAAAAGCGAAGAAAUCUGCAGCAAAUGCUAUGAUACAGGCUGCUACGUCAAAACCGUCGAUUAGUGCGACUCCCAAGUUGAUUUCAACCCAAGUUCUUAAUAAGAAAGUGGAUCUACCUAAGAAACCAAGUGCAGUUCCAGCCAAAACGCCCUCCCUACCUAACCGUCUUAUGUUAUACCCGGAAGUCACGAAACAACCAUACCCAUGUAAACAACAGAAACAAGACGACCCAUUCAUAUCUGGUAUACACAAUUCUGAUUACGAGAUUUUAGAAGAACUAAUGGAUGAUGAUUUACGCCAAGAAAUUGGAGAACUGUCUUCUGAUGAAGAAAGUUAUUGUUCGGUACCAAUAGCCGCUCCAAAAGCCAAGGUGAAUCCAAAUACUAAAAUAAAUUCUACUGAAACGAAUAAGACAGUUCAGGCUAAACCAAAGCCAGAAAUUAACAAAGUAUGUGAUUUUGAAUUGCGGGCAAAGGCUACUGAAAUGAGUACACCACCGGCUACUACUUUCAAGAAACCAGAUUCAAAGCUUCGUAUAAUUUCUAACGAAAAGGUUGAUCUAGGUAAACUACCAGAGACGCUUUUGGCUUCUAACGUAAUUCGGCAUCUGCCGAAAGCAAUGACUCCUAAAGUACAAGAUGAGGCACUCAAUCACAAUCUUGUGGCACCCAGUACUCACGUGGCAGUGAGCGCUCCUGCACCACAAACUAACCUGAAUUCAAAUGUAUUUUACGCAGCUCCAACUCUAGUUCAAAAUGUUGUCGUAUAUAAUCCAUACUUUGACAUGAGCAAAAUGAAUCCGACUUUCACCGUGGUGAAUGAAACUGCUAGCAUUGGUUUGUACCAACCGGAGUUUACAGCUACUAUGCCGGGACAAGUUCUGGUGACCACUGUAACGGUACCCACUGUAAACGUUACCCCUGCAUCCAAUGUCCCUAUCAACAUCACAGGCUGUAAUCAAACCGCAGUUCCUAAUGUACCUAUGCAGACAUUGAAUGCAGUUCCAAUCACUAAUACAUCUACGGCAAUUACUAACCAAACACCUGCCUUAAACGUCACUUUACCAGUUCCGACUAAAGAGAUUAUCAAUAAUACUAAUGAAGAGAAACCGAAAGCAAUCCCAAUCCCUACUACAUCUACGGGAAUUACUAACCAAACACCUGUGUCAAAUGUCACUUUACCAGUUCCGACUAAAGAGAUUAUUAAUAAGACUAAUGAAGAGAAACCGAAAGGUAAAUCACACAAACCAGGCAAUCAGUUUACUCCUUUGAAGCAUUUCGACAAAUCAGAUUUGAACAUUAACAAGCCUAACGAAAGAAAAGUCUUGUCAGAAGUUCAAGAAAAACUCAAAAUGGCUGCACCCGAAAAGACACAAUCACUGAAGUCUAAAAACCAGAAAUCACUUGAAUGCGAGAAGAAAAAUGAAGUGUCUAAGGAUCAAGAAAGAUUGGCUAAAAAGCGCUUAGCUUUAAUGAACAGGGAAAUUCAUCGUCGAAGUUUCUUACCGGCAAUCCCACUUCAAUAUAUUCCGUUGAGUGUUUUUAAAAAUGCUGAAGAAAAGUCCACUGUUGUUCUGGGCAGUAUAAUGAAUGAUAAUGAUAAGAAGGAUAGUGACAAGACUUCUAAGGAUGUCCAAAAGUCCGACACCAAACCCAGCGAAAAUACUAAAGAAAACAAAGACGCACUGGUUUGUAGUGUUCUACAUUUGAAGUCGCAACUAAAAGACGACGAGAUAUCCAACAAAGGUCAUCUUAAGCGGCGAAUGAGCAAAGUCAGACUAAAGCACACGAUAGUUAAUAAGAUCGCUGAAAAUGAAGCGAAUAAUAUUGAAUCACCACAACUAGAACAAAGUUCUUUGCCUAAUUUAAAAACUGAAAAAUCCAAUGACAAAAAUGUUACAUUGGAAGCCUCUGAUGAUAAAACGAACAAAGAAGACAAUUCAAAUGUUACUAAAAUCGAAACGCCUAUUCCGACACGCGUGUCAAAGAGGAUACUUAACAAGAAGAUAAAGAAAAACAAAGAGAAAUCCGAAAAGGCCAAAUCAUUACAGGAAGUAUCGAUAAAACAACAAACAGAAGUGAAUGAAGAAAGUAAAACUGAUGAAAAUUUAACAACUACAUUGACUGACAAAUCAGUUGACGACCAUGUGAAGCAUUUGGAUGUAGAAGACGCAAUCUUGGGAAUUAAAAUACCUAAUACUAAAGUUAAUAAAGCAACUAACACAAAUUCAAAGAAACCGCGGCAGAUGAAGUCAUUUGAAAAAUUAUCAUUUGAAGCGAAUCCCGAAACCAAGGUGUUUGAUUCUGAAAAGGAGGAAUCAAAUAGUGAAACUAUAGAGAUUCUAUCUUCACCAGAAGUUAUCCAGUUAAAUUCUGAGCCAUUGUCUAAGUUUAAUAUCACAAAGCCAGGUAGCAAACUUGAGAUCGAACUCACGAAGCCAAAAAACGUGUUAGUAAGCGUUCUUCACGACACCGUAGUUAAAGAAUCGGCUGUGAAGAAAAAUGAAUCUCUUUCUAAGGAUGUGCCGUCUCGGAUUAUCUCCGAGACAAAGGAUGAUAGAAAGGGACUGAAGAACGCUUCUGUUGUAAAGACAGACUCAAUGCAAGAAAAGGUAACUGUAAAGCAACAUGAAAUGCAGAGUAAACUUUUUGAACUAGUCGAUGAUAUUGAGUCAGCUAUAAAUGCUAUUACUGAAUCUACUAUAAGUUCGCCACUUACUUCUAACGAGAAUGACCUUAACGAGGAUAUAAACACCUCUACAAAACUUCACGAUAAGGAAUUAACACCAGAAGGACUGUCAAGCCCUGUCGACGUUCCAUCAGUUGACGAACAAUACCAUAAUAUUGAUGUAAUUUCCAGUAGGAAUACAAAAUCGUUGAUUUUUGAAACUACGAAAUGCACAAAAAAAAUUGAAAAGGAAAAUUCGAUUGAUCACUGUGUAAUAACAUCUGCACCCAACUGUAAUAAGCAUAUCAUAAAUGAUACCAUCGACAAAUCUGGAUCGAAAAAAUGUUCUAGCAACAAAUUGGUUACUGCUGAAUUAAGUACUGCCCAGAAAAAUAUUAACAAGACCACUGAAAAAGUCGUUGCUGAUCCUGAAAUACCACAAGCUUAUAAAGACAGCAUACAUAUGGAAGAAACAUUUAUGCCUGGUAAUACAAACCCAAACACAAGGUAUUUUCGGAUAAAAUUACCCAACAAAAAAACAUUUAAGGCCACAGUAUAUGGAAAAGUACAUAUAAGUAUAGAUACUUUAUUUGAAGACCCGGCUCUGAAACAAAUACUUUUAAGCGGUAUGAAUGACAAAAAACGAUACACCGUAAGUAUACAACAAAAGUCAAACGUUGAUAAUAUUCAACUAGUGGAUACUCGUAUUCAUUGUACAAAUAUAAAAGAUAAACCUGCAAAAGAAGUCGAAACUGUUAACCUGAUCAGUGACGACGAAGAUGAAACGCCAUCAAAAGAUACUACUACUGGUUUUCAUACUGUCAAUCUGAAACAAACAAUUAUUACUGAGUCUGGUACUUACAAGAUCAAACCUAUAAACAAAGAGACAUUUGACAAACAUCAACAAAAAUUAACACAGAAGUGUAUUGUUAACUUGCAUAAAUUGGCUGAAAAGUCAAACCUUGAAACAUUAGUAAAUGCAUUACUUGAAGAUUUAGUUGUUCUGCCAACACAAACAGUUCCGGAGGUGAUAGAUCUUGACGGCUCUUCGAGUAAAGUAGAAAGCGAAGGAGAAACUAAACUAGACGAAUUAAAAAAUCUUUUAUUACACGACCUAGGCGUUGCUGAUGUUGGACAGAGUGGCAUCUCAAAAAAUGCACAGCAGGAAGACUUGCGACCACCUCGUACACGGAAGUCACAGCCUUUGGACUCUGAAAACAAGCUAAAGAAUAACAUAGAUAUUGCCAAACACGAUGACGAUCCUAAAGUGAUGCGUGAUUGCUACGUCAAACUAGUGAAUUGCGACUACAUGUUAAAGAAUAUUGAAAACGACAAAAAAAUCCCGACAGAAGUAGAUAGUGACGUAGAAGUCAUUACCUGUGACGAUGAAGAUGACACGGUAAGCGUAUUGUCACGCAGUGGAUCAUUUUCAAUUCUCAACAAUUUGAAAGAUAUCGAUAAUGUGUCUACUGAUGGUAAAAUUUCGCCGGUUAUAGAUAUUUACGAAACAAUAAAUGCACUUGAACGGAUAAGCUGCUCUGGUAGUAACUCACCGGUUAUGGAGGUCUUUGAUUUGAUUGCAGCCUUUCAAGAAAACGCUAUAAAAUCUGCAGAAACACCUGAUUUGGUUUCAAUUGAGCAAGAUCUAAUUUGCGAAUCGGAGUGGUUCAUGACAAAACGCGACUUGUAUUCGCAGAAUGUAGGAAGCAUAAUAGAAUGGGGCUUUGAAACUAUUAGUGGUUGUGCCAAUAAAAACGAUACAUUGUCUGACUGUGACACUGAUGUCACAGACCCAAACUUCCUAGAUUGCGACAAUAUACACGUUGAAAUAUCGAGUGUACCAAGUCUCACAUCGAUCAUGUCAAAGUACUUCGAAGAUAAUCCUAUUGUAAAUCAACUGACCCCAAUUACUGUAAGACGAACAUUGGAUAAUACUGUUCCUGUUAGUCUUAAGAGGAAAUUAUCGGAUCAAGGCAAAUCUACUUACAAACUUAGAAAAGUACCAGAUUUACAAAUGCCAGACAAUAUAGCCGGCACUAAUAAUAAGGAAGUCUGUGUACAACCUGAAAAUGAUCUCGAUGAAAGUGAUAAGAGUAUGAGUAUCUUAGAACAAUUAUCGGUGUCCACUGAAACGUCGGACGACCUUGACAAUUGCCCAUCCCCAAGCUUAUUAACGGAGGACGUUGUAACUCAACUACCAGACGCAUUCGAAAUGACAAAGGAAGAACAACUCACUGUCGAAACUAAUGAAAACACAUUUGAAGGCAUAUUCAGUGAAACUACGUUGCGGACAGAGACUUUUGAAUCUGACACAACUCUGGAAUCGAAUAUUUCAAUACAAGACAACGCUAAUGAUGUUCUAACUGAAAAUAUAACACCUGAAAUAUCCUUUGAUACUAGCUCUGAGAAUCUUCUAAUUGAAGAGGAAUCUAUUCCUAAAACGGAAACUGAAAAUGCACCUGUCUCUAUUUCAGAUGAGUCUAUUUCAAUAACAGAAACUCAAAACACACCUGUCACUUCUUAUGAGGAGAUUACUACGCCAACUGAAGAUAUAACACCUGAUAUCAGCUUAGAAAAUGCUCUUAUUGAAGAGAAGUCUAUUCCUAUAACGGAAACUGCAAAUACGACAGUCAGUUCUACUGACGAAUUUACUACAACACUAAAUAACUUGCCUAAAACUGUAGAAUCCGAGAUAAAUAUUGAAAAUUUAAGUGAACAAAUCUCAGAUGAGAAUGCUAAAUGCGAAUCUAUGCUAACUAGAAUGGACAUUGAAGUUGUGAAGCUAUCUUCAAUAGACGACGUAUCGACAACCAUUGAAGAUAUCAUUGAGUUCCCGAAAUGUGAAGAGCUUCGUAUAGGUAGUGAAGAAUUUUGCGACCAAGUUUGUAAAGAAAUGGCUCUGACUGAAACACAACCUAUUUCUCCAUCUGAAAAAGCACUUGUGACCGGCUCAUCUUCGGAUAACGUUUGUUUACCGAUCGACGAUGCCAAAGCAUUUCCCAUUUGUGACGAAUUAUCAAUCUCAGAUGAGAACUCUCGAACUGAAAUACACUUUGAAGAACCCUUAAGUACUACAAUAAACCCUUCAAGUCCUGAAAUUGCGGUGGUCCCGAUGAGAGAUAUCGUUGACGUACAUACAAAGUCUGAAGAACAUCCCAGUAUAGUUAUUCGCGACGCAAUCUCAAAUAAAAUAAUUCCUGAAUCUAAGAAAUCAAAUACAUCUCUUAAUGUGAAUGAUAACGAAAAUGCAAUAUCAAAUGAUUGUGAGCUGCCACACGCAAUCGAAGAUGAUAUUAUCGAAAAAGAAAACGCAUUAAGAUGUGAGGCUUUGGAUGCAAUAUCUCUGAUUUAUACGGUGGAUAAAGAAUCUGGGAAAGAUAUCGAUAGAGAACAUGAAACAAAUACGACUCAUAAAAAUAAUGUUAUAGUUGAUAGUAUAAUUGAUAACAUUGAAGAUCAUACAGUGCUCUUACAUAAGGAAACUGAAUCUUAUACUCAUAUUUCGUCAAUAACGACAAAAGUACACGAUGCAUUAGUGGAGAAAUCUGAAGACGUUAAUAACACUAAUUGUGGCGGAACUGCGUCUGAUGUAGAUAUUCCUACAAAAGAAAUAUCCGAAGUUAAAGGAAAUUUUAGUACCCCGGAGACUAAAAUAAUUGAUGGUAAAUUAGAAAUUAAUGUUAUUAUUGGAAAUGAAAGUAAUUCAAAUAUUAACAUUGACUGGGUUGAGAAUGAAACUAUAAUAGACGACGCAUUAAUUGAAAAUUCUUUCAACGAUAAUAUGUGUCUAAGUGACAGCAACAGCCCUGAAAUUCCCUUACUGAGCGAAGAAACAUCCAAACCACAUAAUAUUGAGACAAAGUUAGAAGAAAAAGAGAAAAUAGAAAAUGUUGAUUUUACUGAAGUUGCUACUACUGUUGAAACUAACAAUAAGCUUAUACAGACGGACAUGCAAGAUAACAAUAAUAAAAGUCCUAUUGACUUUGGAAAUGAAAUCAAAAAUACAACAAACCAAGAAAAACCAAACAGUGGACAGCCCAAUAGCGAAGAUACUUAUGUUUGCCAAACAGAAAUCUUCGUUGAAAAAGUGAGUGGGAGUCCAAAGCUGAACCGAAACAUUAAGAAAACAUAUUUGCGAGAAUCAGGUCACCGAACAUUCGAUAUAAAUAACUACAAUACAGUUCAAAGAUCGGAAGAAUCUGAAGCAGAACCUAUACCAAUAUUGGACUGCUGUGAUGGAAAUGAGAUUACUGUUGAGAAAUCCAUUGGAGAAAUAGAUGGAAAUAUAUCUCUCUUAGAAAGUAACGCCACAUUAGUAUACAAAGAUGAUUCUGGCGUAAUUUUAAAAGGCAUUGAAUAUGAAGAUCCUGAAAUAGGAACUUGCUUUGUUUUUCCUAUUGUAAAGGGCAGUGAUGUUACCGAAGCAAACCAAUUAUUAAAUCAAAGCGUCGAAAGUACGAUCGAAGUGAUUAAUGAAAAUAAGUCUACAUUUCAUGAUGAAAAUGAACUGCAUGUGCUUGAACCUAAACGCACUUAUUAUAAACGUCACCUAAAACGAAAAUCGGACAUAAAAAAUUUUAAUACGUGUAACAAAAGACCCAGAAGGAAUUCUAGAGUCAGAGAUUACGCAAACUUAUUACUCCCAGAAAGAAAAUAUAGAAAAGGCAAAAAUAUAGAUUUCCCAAAACCAAGUAGAAUCUCCAUUGCUGAAACCUCAUAUAUAAAAGAGUUUAAAAGUGUUUUGGAUUAUCAAGAUACUAUUAACUUUUCUUAUGCUAUUUCAUUCAGUAAUCAAUACAUCGAUGUUUCUAAACUUAUAAAAAAUUGGCCUAUUAAAGGUUCCAUUGCUAAAGAAUCUCAAGAUCAAGUUGAAGCCUCGUCGGGAUUAUUUGUCGACACGGAACCCACUGAAAAGCCCGUACGUGAUCCUGUGCACUUGACUCUAGUAGAAGAAAUAACAGCCGAGUAUAACGAUGCAGACUACACAAGCGAUUGCGAAACUGACAAAACUAAUUUCAAUAUGGGUUUUGGUGAGGGGUCCGGCAGAGUCAUACAAAAUUUAGAUGGUGGUGCUAUUUCGAAAUUUUCGGCUGCGACUCUGUCGGACGUAAAACAAUCUCAGCCGUUUUUACAGUCCAAAGACGGUGGUGAUUCUGGAAACCCAGUAAACUUUCUAGAAUCAUCAAAGCGACAACAGAUACAAUCAAUAACGCGAUUCUUUAACUACGUGCAACUGCGCGAUAAAGUGCGUACAUUCUUCAAGAAUACAGCUAUUGAACUGGCUUGUGUACAGCAGCAAGAUAAAAUUAACGACAAAAAGAGUAACGAUAAAUCAUCGUUUCUUUUCGAGUUGUGUACACCGAAAUAUAUUGAACCCAAUCCAUUAGAAACUGUGGUCCAAGUGGUUCAAGUGGGGCAAUUGCCUGUCAGUGCCGCAGCGCAAAACCCUGUUACAUGCGACCCUCGUGUAACUCAGGUAUCGGACGCUAGCCCAUCGCAGUGUUCAGCUGGAAAUAGCCUGCAUGACGAUUCGCAACCGGAAAUAAAAACUGAGUACACUGAGCUUACUACUGCCGAGAUGAGUUUGCCCAUGGUAGGGGAGUACAUACAUCACAACCAGACAGCGAAUAUAGAGUCUCAAGAACCAAUAAAUCUAUCAAAUGAAGACAUACCUAUAAAAACUGAAAUAGUAAAAGCUGAAAUAAAAAUAGAAAUUGAAGAAGACGGCGAUGAAAAGGAAAGGAGUUUCCAAAACUCUGAACAGCCAGAGAUCGAAAAUCACGUUAACAAUGUGAAUUACUUAUAUGAUACGAACACUACAAAUGCUUCUGUAGACGCGGAAUUUCAAGCUUUGUUUGGUGCUGAAAAACAGGAGUCGCCUGAGCGAAUCAUGGAACUAAAACAACAAAAUGGAUCAAACGAGAAAACAGACCAAAUCGCACAUGCUAUGAAUGCUGCUGGAAUAACAACAAGUUCAGAAACUGUAACAAGUUCACAGGCUCAGGCCCUUGUCAACCUAUUGUCACAGAAAAUGCGUCAAGGAGUCGUCACUACCACUCAAAACUCCGUAAACAAUUAUCCCAAGACAACUUCUGUAAACACUAUAUCUUUACAACAAGCCUUAGCUCAAAUACUUCCACCGCCUUUGAAUCAGACUAAUACUACAGAUAAUAACCAACAAGGCCAAAACCAAGUGGCUCCUGUGCUUCAUAUUGUACAAGGAAAAAAUGCUUCAGGAAACCAGAUUACUUUGGUUGACAACUCCCAACAGUCGGUUAUUACUACUCCAACCGCUACUCCGGUUCUUCACAUUGUACAAAAUAAACCAGCGACUACCGGCCCUACUUCCAAUGGUGGGUCGGCACCCCAAUCCAACACCUUUAGCGGCAUAUCUUUAGUUGAUGCAGGGUUACAACAAGGAGGAAAUCAAUUACUGCAUAUUGUGAAUACUGGAACACAAAACAAAAACACCGCUGGACAGUUACUAAAACGAGUGAAUCUUUUAACUAAUUUGACCAACGUACAAGGAUCUAACGAGCAGAAAAUGGUGCAAUUCGUAUGUAAAUCUGCCGAUGGAAAAGCCAUUCAGUUGAACGCUCCCCAUCAGCGAAGUAUGGUAUUAAGGUUACAACCAAUUGAGACUCCUAAUAUUCAGACUGCGCCGGCAAAACCAACGGAAAAUCAGGACUUGAGUCCUACGCAAUAUUCAAGUAACUCUGUACCAAAAGAACCAGUUACAACCCAACAAGAAAUAAAAUCCCGGUCUGUUUACGAAGAAAAUUACGCUAAAUUCAUACAAAACUCCAACAAAUCGUCUCUACUGGAAAAAUCUACUAGUUUGCCUAAAUUUAAUCAAGCUUUCGGUAAACAAGUUUACCAAGAUGGGAAACAAAACGAUAUAAAUAGUAACAACUCACAUUUAUCCAAUGUAAACAACACAGAGAACACGGAAUGUCAACCAGCGGAUAAUGUCAUUAACCUGGAUCACAUAAGACAGAUUGGCAGUCCUCCACUGCUGUUAAGAAAGCCGCCUCAAGCAACGCAAGCGCAAACAAAUUUAGUUCAGCAAAUAAAGCAAACCAUCGCUCCCAUGAACAUUCAAACGAUGCACGGUGGCGUUAUAUACACCCGGCAAAUUCCAGUUAACAUUGGCGCCGGACAGACCAUAAAUCUAAUAACGGUUCCCAGCACCGAGCUUAUUGACGAAUCAGGACAAAAACAACAAGUAAAUCAAGGUGAUAUUGAGCCGUCGAUUAUAAAAAUUGUUCCGCAAAGCCAACCUAACACUGAAGUGACACCGGACGACAUGAACGUGUCGGGCGAAAACGGACAAAACCCUUCUCAGCCUCAACCGGUACUCACGCAGAUGCGAAUCAAGUUACCGAUGUUGAGCAAGAAUCCACAUAUGGUGGCUGGUACUAGAGUUGUGAGACCAUCUUUCUUUCAAAUACAACGAAACGUCAUAGCUGGCACUAACCAACCUGUUUAUCAGCAGUUAGUACUCACUGCUGCUCCACCACUCGGCCAGCAGACAAUUAGACUUCCUCAAGCUCCACCAAGACAAGUAAAAGUUCCCGAAAGUCCAUCUUCAUCCGAAUCUAUGAGCUCUUCUACUCUCGAGCAACUGAGAGAAUUCGAUAUGGUCCUGGAGCAAGUGAAGGAGAGAAGUACGGUGCAACCUAAUUCCAACUCGAGCACAAGCACUUCCUACAAGAUUCAAACGACUUCAACUGAUACUACGGAUAGCGCGGCAAAUGCGACAUCCACUACAACAGAAACGACACAAGUACUUUAUUCAAUCGGCGGUAGUCAACCUCUAAACGUGGCUUAUGUAAACAGGAAGACAACAAUUACAACUCCUGCAACAUCUAGUUUUACGCGCUCUCCAGAUUCUUCGGGAAUAGCAGAUUCUCCAUCAUCGUCCACACACGUUCAGAUUCACCAGAGGGCAACAUCGGAAGCUUCAUGUAGUGAAAGAGCAACACCACAACCGAAACCAGCUAAAGUUAGUUCCAAGAAAAGACACAAGUCGUCUUCUCAUUCUCAUUCAAAUUCUAUGAAAAUGAGUUCUGUACCACCGAAAACAUCUACUCAGAAACCUUUAGAAGAUGAGCAAACGACUCAAAGGAUUCUAUACAUACUAGCAGAAUACAAGGAACAAGUUGAAAACUCUCCAGACAAAGACAAACCAGCACCGCGUCGAAGAUCUAAUCCGCCAACAAAUCCGGGCUCUUCGAAACGCAAGAAGAGUUCCAGCGGUUCACGUAAGUCUGGAGGGCGUGACAUCAGCCCGGUUGACGAUUCAUGUCGCACUAUGGGCUCUGAAGACAGUAGCUGUGGAACUUCACAAGGAGAUUGUACAGAAAACUGUCUCGAGUCUCAUUCUCCGCAAGAUAGCCCGCGGAAGGUAGCACGAAAACUGAAUUUUGAGCAAGAAACUAACGCAUCACCGCCAAAACCACAACCUCAGCGCAAUGUCAUCGUCGCUGAUGGUCAGACUAUAACAGUAGCUCGAGGAACAGCCGGGAAGCCUGCUACUGCGGUUCUCAUGCCAGCAAAUUAUAUUCUACCAGUUUCAAUGGUUAAAGGGGGUCAGCAGAUUGCAAUCGUAACUAAUCGUGGGCCAAAGCUUUUGACAGUUGGUGGUGGAGAAGGUGGCGCUACCAACACGCUGCUACUCCAACGAUUGAUCGGACCGGCUGGCUUGAAGCCGGUGCUAGCUCGCCCUGGUGUUCGCCACGUGAGAUUACCAACAGCAGCAUUGCACAACCUCCAAGCAUUUAAUCUUGCCACAGCCACUACCGUUCAGCCACCAGAUAGUACGGCAUCACCAUCGGUGGGAUCUACACCACCAGACUUAGUUGACACGAGAGCAGAACAUUCUCCUUGGGCAGACAGAGAGUCUGGAGCGUUGAAGCCGGAGCGAGCAUCCAGUCCUGACGACUCCGAGCCGUGGAACCUACCAACUUCCGCGGACACUCACGACUACACAUACGAAGAAACGGUUCGAGCGGACCACAUGGACCGAACAGUUUUAGUAGUGCAGAAGAAAGACAGUUCCCAGAGACAGGCGAGGCUGGCGCACGUCUCCGCAGCCGCGUUGAGGCAUAAAUACGCUAUACUAGAACACGAACUGCGAUUACAGAAGUCCCUGUCGGAGGAGUGUGAGGAUCUCGGCGUGGACUCUCCGUCCGCGUCGGAGUUGUUCCCAGAGGCCGAGCUGCUGUUCGCUUCGUCGCCGGCGCAAGAUCAUGGACCGGACACACCUCACACUCCGCAAUCAAUCAUGCACAAUCAAAGCAUCCACGCGGACAUUGACGACCAAAUCGCAACCGAUCAACUCCUACCUCGGAACAACAUCAACAUGGACGAGCGACAGGAGAUAGACGUAAACUUAGGACUGGAGGACGUCGGCAUUGUUACUGUCAGUGAGGACGGCAUGCAGACGACUAUAGCGCUCGAUCAGGAGGAGUUCGCCAGAGCGCAUCCUAAUACUACCUUCCAUAGCGAGCCCACUGACGAGGGAGAGGUGCAGCCGUUCACAAUAUCUGGACUCAAGGCGCGGCAUAUUACAUCAACCAUCUUCCACGCCAACCGCGCGCCGGCUACCGUACUGAUGACAGCUCCACAGACUACUGUCAUCUCACAGGCCACCGUUGACGGCACACACGCCAACCCUGUCAAAUAUUCCGAUAUAGACAACAUGAUCAACUCGCUACCAGGACCGCACACAAACACCAUCAAUCUUUCCUCAGUUCUCGUCAAAGACGACGGCCUAACACGCUUCGACAGCAUCCUGACCGAUUCCCGAGAACUCCAUCUCUCUAACACCGCAUCGGCCAUCGUCCACUCGACGGGCAGCGCGACUCAAGUAAUAAGAAGAGUGUGUUAUGAUGACGACAAUAAAAGAGAAAGAGACAGACUGUUUUUGGACGAACCCGACGCUCUUAUUGCGGGCGAAGACGCCAAAAUGCUGGCCGAAGAUAGUUCCAGAGACGCAACCAUGGAGUCUAUGGUCGACGUGGAUGACGGCAACUCAUCACCAGAGCGACACGCGGAGCUGUUUUGGGAGUCGAACUCUGCUUCCGAACGCUCCGAGGGUCGAAGACCUAUGGACUUCAGCAGCGAUAGCGAGAAGUGCUGCAAGAGUCCCUCCUACGACGAGACCAACUCUACAGAUUCGAGCGGCGUCGGCACUCACAUGAGGCUCGACUCCGUGAUCAAGGAAGCGAGGGGCCGGGACCGCAGCGGCAGCGCCGACGGGUCCUCGGCGGAGGACACGCACCCUCCGCUGCGCACGUACCCGGCCAAGAGGCUGUACCACGCGCUGGAGGGCGGCGCGGAACGGAGCGUGUCAGGCAAGACGCGCGCAGGCGAGCGCUCGCCCGACAGCGUGGAGGUGCGGCGCCGCGCCUCGCUGCGGGGCGUCGUCAAGCGCGGCUGCCACUGCUGCAGCGGCGAGCCCGCGCCGCCACGACCCAAGAAGCCCCGCCAGAGGAAGCCCACCAUGGACUUCAACGCCAACUAACCUGAUUACCAAACCCUAUUGUGACCAGAGUUGAAGCGACUUUUAUAAUAAUACCCUUCUCUCCAACCUUCCACUUUGGUCGACUGACUUAACCCGAUUACGAGCAUUAUUUGGGCUGUGGCAUGCGAUGCGACUGCGCAUUUCGUCUUGACUGAAGCACGAUCUCUUAUCGAUGAUUCGCUUAGGUGUAUUAUAAUGAAAAUUGUUGAAAUUGUUUUGUAUAUAAUUUUAUAAGUGACCGGUAGCUAUAAGUUCGCAGGUGGUUUAAUAAGUGAUUUUAUUUUGUUAAAGUUUAGUUGCAAACUUAAUUAAUGUUUAGUUCCUUUUAGGUGUUAUUAUUUCUUAAGUUUUAACUUGUGACUUCACCUAUGAGUUCAAAGUCUAAUAAUUUAGUCGAAUCGAAACGUUUGCGUUGGACUGUUGACUUUCACUUGAUGUAAUAUAUCCAUAUACAUAUUGUAUUGAUAUGUAAUUGUAUAAAAAAUGUAUUUGUAGGUUACCUCCAUUAUAAAGUUAAGUGUUUCUGUUAGUGAAUACAGGCCAUACUCAAAUGUGAAUUUAAUCUUUUAGCUGUUAGAGGUUACAUAAUUGAAAUAGUCCUUCGUUUUGCUAGACUGAUGGAAAGCUGGAAAGUAUUUGUUCGGUUGCCAUUGUACUAUACUCGCCUAGCUUUAGUUGUACUUCCACGAAUUAUGCACAAACGGAUUGAAAACGAAAGACGGUUAGAGCUUUAACUUCGCUCUUUAUUUUUGAGAACUUCUUUUUCGGAAAUAACUUAGUUUUCGUGCCAACGUCUUGGCUUUGUUCGCGCUUACUUUCCAAAGUUUAGACGCUGUUUAAUAUAAUUUUAACACUAGUAGUGACAUGUUAAGCUAGUGUGAAUUUGAUAUCCAUAGUGUAAAAGUGUAAAUAUAUUUGUCCCCACCAUUUAUGGGGACCGUCUAGUCACUAUUGAUACCCGAAUAUUAUAUAGCAUAUAAAUAGCCCGAUACGUCGGGCCUAGACGGCUUUUCUCGGCUGAAAGCCUUUCGUGCAGUAUUUUACAGCUUAUAUUGUAUAUAAAACAUCCGGGGAAAUACUAUUUUCUUUUCAAAAUACAUGAUUAACUACAUUUAAAACAUUGUGGUAGUUGCAUUCAUUCCAAACUGUAAAUAAAUGGAGUGUUUAAAUUUUAGUGAAUUUAGUGAUUUGGCUGUUUGGCCGUAUUUUAGUGACAAAUUGUAACUGAAAAUGAUGUCUCGGCGAGGGUCGCAGUGUAACCCAUAGUUCAGGAUGUUUCUGUAGAUUUAAGAUAGAAUUAUUAGGUAAAAACAAUUUGCCGUGCCUAUAGUCCGAGUGCGUUACGCUGAUCAUGAGACGACAUUAAAAAAUUUGGAAAAAAUCGAAUUCAGACUAAAGGCACUAAUAAUUAAUAAAUACAAUCCAGUGAAAAAUGUAUUUUAAUCUGUGAGUUUUUCGAAAUCUGUAUUUUUUUCUCGUGGCUAAUGGUUUUCUGCCAUUUGUAAACGUAAGGUUCAAAACGUUUUUAUAUAAUCCAUCAUGUUGUUAUUGUUCGAAAUAUUGUAGGUAAGUGUACCUUCGAUAUUAAAUGUCAAACAUACAGUAUUGCAGACGCGUUCUUUUUUGUUAUAUUUUCACUUAGAUGUUUAAAUUUAUUAGCUGUAAAAACUAAUAAUUAAUGUUAGGAGGUUUCAUCAUUUUUUUUCUAAUUCACCCGAAGUGUUUUUGUGAUUCUGUAAACAUUAUUUUUUAAAGUGCUACAGAAAAAAUGAUCAUUAAAACUUAUCUAUUAAAGA